CUAAACCUGCAUCUGCAAGCUUUGUGAGAGGCAUCGUUCACGGCCACUGGAGGUUACAGGAGUGGCAGUGGCAGCUGCUUGGAAAAGAGCCACAAGCUAAAACAAAAUCCUGAGCUUCUUCACGCCUGAGACCCCCAUCUUCAACCCAGGCCAGAGCACCAGGUUCUGGGAGAGAGGCACAUCAGGACUCGUGCGCCAGCCGGCAGGAAGUGGCAGGUUGUCCUGGCAACCCUGGACUGAGCCUUGCAGGCGGUGGUGAGCCCAUGAGUACUGGAAACGGCAAACCCGGCUGCCAACUUCCUCCCAUUCCAAGAGCGGCCUGUACUAGAGAGCUGGAGAAGGUUCCAGAGAACAGUGACUUGGGCAUGACCAAGGUGGACAGGAGAUUCAGUGCCAAGCACAGUGAUGUUCUAGAGUCCAGGGGUUCCUUGGCCAGCAGGUCAGCCUCUGAUGGAAGGACCAAUCUUUCAUCUUCUGAUGAAGUAGGUUGGAGAGUCACUGAGCCUCCGGGACCUCCUGGAGGGUUGAUUCACUCUGACACAGUGGCGGAGAUGGGUCAGAAGUCUUCCUCUUCCUCCUCCUCCUCCUCCUCCUCUUCCUCCGCAUGGCCUAGUCGCUCCUCUCAAGUUUCACUGCCUGUGUUCCAGAAGGAAAAAUACCCUGAGGAACUCAGCCUGCUUAAGUCACAGACAAAAGAUGGGCAGCGUCCUGAGUGGACAUUUUAUCCGAGGUUUAGCAGCAAUCUCCACACCUACCACGUUGGAAAGCAGUGCUUCUUCAGUGGGGUCUUCCGGGGCAACAGGAGGUCUGAGGCCGAGAGGACCCUGGACAAGAGCCUCGGGAAGAAGAAGUAUGAUAUUGAUCCCAGAAAUGGAAUCCCAAAGUUAACACCAGGGGAUAACCCAUACAUGUUCCCAGAGCAGAGUAAGGAGUUCUUCAAAGCAGGAGCAACUCUGCCACCAGUCAACUUUUCACUGGUUCCUUAUGAGAAAAAAUUUGAUACAUUUAUUCCACUGGAGCCUCUUCCUCAAAUCCCCAACUUGCCUUUCUGGGAGAAGGAGAAGGCCAACAACUUGAGGAAUGAGAUAAAAGAAGUCCAGGAGUUGGAUAACUGGCAGGCACCGCCACCCUUCCUACACAGUGUUUUCUUCUCUGGUGCUUUCAUCCUUCCAAGACAUCCCUGAGCAGAAACGAACCCCCAAGCAUGCACUGACUGACCUCCAGCCAGCCUCUGCCAUUGCUGGGUUUUUCCUACUCUUUGUUUUUGACAUUGUCUCUGUCCUAAACCAUUAAUUUGACUCUAAUGAGGAGUCAUUAUUAUUUGCUUUGUUUAACUCUCAACUGUGAAAACUUGGAAAAUGUACAGAGAAGUUGUACAAAUCAUAAAGUAGACAUCACCAUAUCUUUCAUCUAGAUUCUACCAUUGACAGCGUUUAUCCCAGAUCUUGCUCUCUCUCUCUCAUGUUUUUGGCCCACUUGUGAGCUAGUGAAACACAUAAUCCUUUCCACCUCAGCCCUCAUACCUCAAGCAUGUGUCUCUUAAGUGGUGGGUACUCUGCACCCAGUAUAUGCAAGUUUUAUUUAGCACUGACAGCAAUUACAGUUCACAUUUAUUCCGAAGAAUGCCUGAAGGUCAUUGCUAACAGGCAGACUCCUCAGACCGCUAUGACAAAAUACUAGAGACUGGGUAGUUUAUAAACAAAAGGAAUUCUUAAUUAUAGUUCUGGAGGCCCAGAAGUCCAAGUUUAAGAUGCUGGCGGAUUUGGUAUCUGGUAAGGCACUGCCUUCUUGCAACUUAAGGGAAAAGGUUUAUUUUGACUCACAGAGCCAGAGGGCUACAGUCAGCCAUAGUGGAGAAGACACAGCAGCAGGCAGGGAAGGCACUGAGGUAAAAGCAGGAGGAUGGCUGAUCACAUUGUAUCCACAGUACAAAUGUGAACAGGGUAUAAAGCUAGGAGGCCUGCUCCCAGGGACCCACUUCCUUCCCUGACGCCCCCCUCCUAAAGGACUAAUCCCCUCCUGAAAGCAUUACUUGAGACCAGAACAGCAUUACUUUUUACACGGACACUUGAUCACUUUUCACCUUUUGUUAUGCCAGGCACUGUCAAAAUCCUAUCAAGUUUGCUUGCUUGCUUUCUUCCAUUGACAGGGUUUCUCUGUGUAGCCCUGGCUGUCCUGGAAUUCAGAUAUUUGCCUGCCUCUGGGUGAUAGUGAUGCAAACCUCUAAUUAAUUUUCCACGUCUUUGUGUUGGAGACUAUAUUAGUUUCAUUUCUCAUUGUUGUAUCAGAUGAGAAGCAACUUAAGGUUUAUUUUGACUUACAGUUUGAAGUGAUAGCCUAUCAUGUCAGGAAAAGUAUGACAACAAUAAUAUGAAGCAGCUGGCCAUACUGUAUCUACAACU